UACAAAUACUUCCCAGAACCAAGAACCUCGUCGUUGUUAUUAUUGUGGACGAACUGGACAUCUUAUAGCCAAAUGUAGGACCAGACAAGCAAAGCAGAAAUCUAGAGAUGAUCGAAGAGACGAUAGAAGAGAUAAUUAUAGAAGGGAUGAUUACAGAAGAGAUGAUUACAAAAGAGAUGAACGUAGAAGAUCUCAUUCUCGUAGCCGUGAUUGCUCUUAUAGAAGUUCUUCACGAGACAAAAGAAAUUCUAGAGAAAAUUCUCAAGAAAGAAGCAGAUAUUCAGACUUUUAUAAUAAUGAUAGUAGAAGAGCUAGCUUCCGUUCUCCCUCACCUUAUCGUAGAGACAUUAACUACCUUGGGCAUAACAGUACUCCACCUUCAGCCUUCCCAGUUCCUUCUAAUAAUAAGUGGGAACAUUUCCUCGACAACCCCUCUAUCUGCAUAGCUAUGCCAGCAUAUCUUUAUAAAAAAGCUAAAAAGACUGACCUUCUUCCUACCUCUCACACUACCCCUAUUAAAUGUAACAUUCGUCUUAGAAACAGACCUUACCAAGCAAUUAUUGAUAGCGGUGCUGCUAUCA